UGCCGUUGCCUCAACACUGCUGCUUUCCAAGCUGGUGGAAAAAAGUGUGUAAUUGUAAAUGUCAUCUGUCUAUAUCUCCCAUGUAGGUUCAUACUCCCUCAGUACUGACUGUUCAGAAGUGAGAAGCAUUUUAAUGUCUGCUGAAAUGACACCAGGUUUAAAUCACGCACUGGCAUUCUCAAGGAAAGGAGUUGAAAGGAAUUGCUGCGCACUGCACAAGCAACAAAAGCCCAGAUGUGAGAAGAUCUGCAACUUUUCAGGGUCAAGGACAAAGGAUCAGAGACAGACAAAAUCACCCUGCCUCAGGACCUGUCUCACAUUUUGCUUCAAGGACCGGGUGAGGAUGGAGCAGAGGGAACCACCAGUGGAUUCUCAUGCUGAAGGGACUGAAGGAAGACUCAGGGAGCUGGCUUCAAAGUGGUUCAUUGACACUCAAGUGCCACUCAUCGUCCACAACGGCUUCUUCCCCACUUGGUUCCUGGGCUUCAUCACAAGAAAGGAUGCUGAAGAAAUACUCAGAGAAAAGGAGCUGGGCUGUUUCCUGAUCCGGCUCAGUGAUAAGGCCAUCGGAUACAUACUGUCUUACAAAGGCAGAGAUCGGUGUCGACAUUUUGUGAUAAACCAAAGCGAAUCAGGGCAGUUUGUGGUCUGUGGAGACACAGAAGGGCACAACACAGUAUCUAAUCUCAUAGAAUACUACAAGACAAGCCCCAUUCAGCCCUUUGGAGAGUAUCUGACAUCCUCAUGUUUUGAGGAGCUGAAUGAAGACCUGUAUGAUACCAUCCAGGUUAGCCCUAAAGAAAAGCCUGUUACCACUGUUGGAGCUGUGAGGAACGUGAGCAAACAACAGACAGAACCGGCCCCAGAGCAGCCGCCUACACGGCCACCAAAGAGCAACAGAACCCCUGAGGAAGUACCACCUUUGCCUCGGAGGAGCAGGCACCUCGAUAUUGGCCCCCUGAAUGACCAGGACAAGGUUUUGUAUGCUCAGCUCAGGAAGCAAUCACCCAGGGAGAUACCGAGAUUCCAGCACCUCUGUCAGGACAAUUUACCAGGAGAUUAUCCAGGGAGAGCAGACAGAUCCACAAGCCAGGAUCAAAACACAAGGAGGUAUAGUCCUCCAGCUGGACCAGACUCUGUGUACUCUGAGCUCAGCCUGCUGGACAGCAAGAGCAGGUCUCUACCGCUUCUGGACAACAGCUCCCACCGAGAGCAAUCUUACAGGCUUAGUGCGCCCCCACAGACGCAACCGAGACUUUCCCCCAAGCCUGGCAGACAAACCCCUUGCUAUGGCCCACCACCAGAGAAGACAGACUCGUACAACAGACCAAGCAGCAGCUACAGCCUGGAACACAUGAGUGACAAUGCUGUCUAUCACCUGGCUGGCAGGCCUGGUAGCCCACACACUACUUUGUCUGAAACCAGAUCAGAGGAGCACAGUGAUUCAGUGUAUGCCGAGGUCCCCGGUGACGCCGUCAUCGGCCGCUUCACCCACGGCAGAACAUAUGAGCUGGUUCCUGGCCAGGAGGACACGGCCGAACCUCAACCAAACACUUACGAGCCUCUGGAGGACAUCAGACCCAAACAUAACCACUCAUGGGGAUUAAAGAAUGAUAAAUGGAAAUGGCUGAUCCCCGAAGUGAAGAGGAAAUGGUGAAGAGUUACCAGCUAUUGAAGCAAAUGUUCACUAAUUUUGACACUACAGUGGUCCUACCUAAUAUACACUCUGUCAAAGCGUCUUUUAUAUACUAUUGAACAUGGGCUUACAUGUUUCUAAACUAAUCAAAUGAUAUCUUCUGCAUUUUUGCUUUUUAAUAUAUUUAUUUAAAAAUGAUGAUGGAGUUACAUUUUGUUGUCACGUGCUAAAUAACCCAAAAAAAGAAAAAAACUAUUGUCUUGAUUAUAUGAAUUCAGCAUGUAAGAAAAAGGGUGUACUGUGUUUACAACUUUAAAGAAUAUUUUAACUACAGACUGCUACCAUCAAUGCUGCGCUUUAUUCACAGGAAACUUUAUUUGCAUACAGAUUUCAAAUGUCUGUGUACGACAGCAACGGGGAAGUGGGUCAAAGAUGUUGAAAUGUCAUUUAUUAUCUGCUAUCAUUUGCUGCCCUUUUACUCUCUAAUUAUAGUUUUAGUGCUAGUCACUAAAACCACAGUGUAACUAACACUUCAAAGGCCUUUUUAUGUAUUGGAUGUUUUCCAGGGUCAUAGUUAUCUUUAUAAGCAAUUGAAUACAGUAACAGCUGCACUAUUGUUUUAUGUAGACCUUAGGAGGCAGAAAUGAGGAAAUAAGGUGCUUUCCCUGCAAGUGAUUAAAUGCAAAGCAGCAUAGAUUAUACCACUAGAAUAUCAAAACAUUCAACUUGGAAGAUUAACGGUAUUUUGACGUUUCUGUCGCAACUCAGAUG